CACCAAUACCUUACCAGCUUGUGCUCCGUGCUAGUCAACAAAGCAAUGAUCGGCGGCUGUUCUGCUACCCAAACUUAGCAAUAUGUUAGAUCAGAGGCGAGAUCCAAAGUAGACACAGCGAGACACGUAUGGUAGAACUGAUAGGGAUGUUGUCUUGGAGCGUUCUUAUGUGAAUAUUGUGCAUCAAGCAGGAAAAGAGUACGCGAUAUCUCAUCUUUGAGUGGCCACCAAUGAUAUUCUUAUCAUUGAGGUGUAUAUACCAUGCAUAAUAAGCUGUUCUUCCAACAAUGCCUGAUUAUCAGCCAUCAAGCUUAAUCUCAGACAAAACGACUGAAAAUCGCCGAAAGGGCCUGCUGGUUGACAUAUCCACGCCCUCCGAGGCGCUGUAGGUCAGCGUUCCUCCUCAUUUUCUCCGCACGCCGACCGCAUCACAAACACCCGCACCAGCCAUGGUUGCAUUCAUUACCCCUCGUGGUCCGGUGUCCUUAUAGGCCGAGGCGGCCGAGGCACCCGAGGAAUAUACCCAUACCCGCAGGUCAUCAGGACGUUGAAAAGGCCCGACUUCUCAUCCGAAUAACUCAGAGGAACGCGCUCACUGUCUCGUACUAUUUCUGGUCCUUAUUUACGCCUGUAAACAACUAAAAUGUCUCCUCACUCCACAAAGGGUGACACAAGUAUGCGGGCAGCGGCCAAAGGAGAGUUCCCGAAGCCACCCAGCUUCAAAGAUCCUCUCGAUGAGCGUCAAUAUGUCAAGGAAAGACUAGCUCUUGCUUUUCGGAUCUUUGCCAAGCAAGGAUAUGAUGAAGGCGUUGCAGGACACAUUACCGUCCGGGACCCGGUAGACCCCACUACAUUUUGGGUGAACCCGUUCGGUGUUGCCUGGCCCUUGUUAAAGGCCUCGGACCUCAUUCGUGUUGACCACGAUGGACAGAUAGUUGAUGGCGGGUCGGUACGACUCCUCAAUGUCGCAGCCUACAUGAUCCACUCGGCCGUGCACCAGGCUCGACCGGACGUCAAUGCCGUGGCACACAGCCACUCAAUCUACGGUCGAGCAUUCUCCACGCUCGGGCGCAACUUAGAAAUCACCACGCAGGAUACGUGCGCCUUCUACAACGAUAUCGCGCUCUACGACAGCUUCGGCGGCAUCGUGCUGGGGCCCGAGGAAGGGCAGCACAUCGCCAAAGCCCUCGGUCAGAAAAAGGCUGCCAUCCUCUCUAAUCAUGGGCUGCUGACCUGCGGCGGGUCCGUCGAGAGCUGCGUCUUCUGGUUCACAAGCCUCGAGAAGUGCUGUCAUGCCCAGUUACUUGCCGAUGCAGCGGCCGCGGGGCGCGGUGGAGAGACUGUCAAAGUCGCCGAUGACGAGGCGGAAUAUACGUACAAGGCGAUCGGGUCCGAGCUGGCUGGCUGGUUCAGUGCGAAGCCGGCUUUUGAUCUGAUGGCCCAUGAAUCUGGGAGUGAGUAUAAGUUGUAAUGAGGAAACUUUCCCUCUUCAAGAAAACAGGUUUAAUUCCUUAUGGAUUGUGGUGAUCAUAUGGGUAAUCUAGUUUGUUCUGACAUUUGAUUUGGAGUCUGAUGAGGCAGUGGACACCCCAGUAGUUUUACGAGGUGGUUUUCUAUCUAUAGUCGCAUCGAGUAAAGGUAAUAAAGGAAAUACAAUUUGAUGAAGCCCUCGGAAGCAAUAUGCUGGUUCAUCGAGGUUGCAGAGAGCUGGAGACAACUAGUCUGAACUAGGUACCUAAGGUACCUAGGUAUGUUC